AUGUCCAACGAUCAAGUCUCAACAUACUUGAAAGAUUUGCGAGCGAAUCGUCCGGCCCGUCCGACAGGAUCUCGUCCAUACCCAGGCAAAGCAGCCGCAGUUAGCGAUCAGUCUGAUAACCUUCCUCCAAGGGCAUCCUCGGCAUUCUCCAUGCGUACCCCGGUCGAGCAUGACGUUGAAGAUCGACGGUCAGGCAGCGCAAUGUCCCAUCGCCGGGCAAAUUCCCAAGCGUCCGCCGGCGCAAUGGGUCGUCCUUUAGCUCAGGAGCCACGAACGCACUCGAUCCGGAAGAACGUCUUUCCAGCACAAAUUCACGCACGUACCAUAUCAAUACCGGCAUCUCCCGCUCUGUCCUAUCGUGAAAAUGGGCAACGACGACACGAAAAGGAAGAGGCACGGGCACUACGAGAGGCCUUGCAGAAAAUGGAUAUCGAGGACGAUGUUGGACUUCACCAAGCGGCCCAGGAUGAGGCCACGCAGCUAGUUUGGAUGCACCAGAAUCCGGGUCAAGCUUUCAAAAACCCUUAUGCGCCAUACCAAAAUCCUGAUGCCAACAAGGGCAGCCAGAGCCCUGUUAAAAAUGGUUCGCGAGAAUAUGACCCCUUGACCAAUAAAUUCAGCCAGUCCACUGGCUCAAGUAUCUCUUCUGAUGGUAACUCUAGCCCGGAGUCACUGCGCAAACGAUCAUCUCUGGCUGGUCCCUCAAAGAAGAAUCUCAAAGUCAACUUCAAACUACCCGAACUCGAGGAGUCUGUUGCUCCCGAACCGCAAACUGUCAGCAGCGAUUCAUUUAAAGGAAUCCUCAAGAACCCUAAAGAACAAAUAUACGAAGAGCCCAUUGAGACAAAGAAGGAACCCGAACCAAAGUCGGAAUUUUCCAAGUCUGACUCGUCAGCAAUGAAAAACAAACCGCGCAACGCCCUAGGCCGUAUUCCUAGGCCAUUGCCUUGGUUGCAGAAUAGAGUUCACAGCAGCCCUAUGAUGGAUAAGAUUUCGCGGUUUGAAACCCCCAAGGACACUCCCACCAAGCCGCGUAAUGCCGGCUACACUCGAAACGAAAGCGCUACUCCUUCUCCCACUCAGUCACAAGUUGCCGGCUACACUCGAAACGAAAGCCCUACUCCUUCUCCCACUGAGUCACACAAGGCCGGCUACGCUAGAAACGAGCGUGCUACUCCGACUCCUCCCCCCGAAGAAAAGGAUGAACUUGUCCCCACUCAGGAUGGGAGAGAGAGACGCAGUGACGAGAUCCGCGCAGCUACCAGCAAAAAACGAGGAGACCGCAGCGAAAAGUUACCAAUGCCUUCAGCUGUCAGUGAUCGAGUGGGACGCCCAAUCGUGAGCUUCGACAAAACUUGGAAACCAGUUGAUCAGCCGAAGCCCGAUCGUCCAACCCUACCCGUGAUUGAAAUAGCACCACCGACCAUUGAAGUCUCUGAGCCGACUCCAGUUCCCGUGAUAAAUAUCCCGGACAUCAAAGUACCCACUAUCUCCGAGAUCGAGGCUUCUUCCAAGCAAGCGGCUAGACCCCACCCGACGGGGAAAAAACCGCAAUCGCAGAGCCGUUGGUACUCGCCCUAUACACGAACUGGUGUCCCCACUGCAAGCUGUGAGCGUUGUACGCUUUCCAUUUCCGGAAAAAUUGUGACCGCUGGCGGAUGUCGAUUCCACCCGGAGUGCUUUACCUGUUUCCACUGCAGCACACCCCUCGAAUGCGUGGCUUUCUAUUCAGAACCGGAGUCCAACAGAGCCGAGAGAUUAUCAAAAACCGAGGCUAGUGACAUUGAAGCUCGCGUGCCACGUUUCUACUGCCAUCUAGAUUUCCACGAGAUGUUCAGUCCCCGUUGCAAGAGCUGCAAGACCCCUAUUGAAGGAGAAGUGGUAGUGGCAUGUGGUGCCGAAUGGCAUGUCGGCCACUUCUUCUGCGCAGAGUGCGGUGAUCCCUUCGAUUCCCAAACUCCCUUUGUCGAGAAAGAUGGCUUCGCGUGGUGUCUCAACUGCCACUCGCGCCGUACCGCACCACGUUGUCUGGGCUGCAAAAAACAGGUCAUGGACGAUGUUGUCGUCAGCGCAAUCGGUGGCCAGUGGCACGAGAGCUGCUUCAAUUGUCACGAGUGUGGCGAGGGUUUCGGUUCGGAGGGCCGAUUCUUCGUUCGUGAAGGCGAGCCCAAGCGGACAGCUAAGGGCCGCAUCAUCGGUGGUCCGGUCCAACUGGCUAUCUGUGAGAGAUGUGAGGGUAUCCGUCUCAAGGCGCCUGGGAUGUGCUAG